GGCUGUUUUUUCCCCCCCUCUCGCUCCUGCACUUUGACCUAAAGGAAAUCCUGUGCCUCUUCAGUAGUUAGUGUGUCUCUGUUUGUGCACCGCUGCCGUUAGGAGACAAAGGAUCUGUGCUUUUAUAUUUGUAUCAAAUUUACAGUUUUACCACACUAAAGACGUUGGGGGAGUGACUGCACAUACAGUAGUUAGAAAAUGAUGGAGGAGGCUAGAGAGGGGUCACUUUGUGUGAGUGCCCAAACUAUCCGGGUCACUGAGGCCGUGAGAGACGGGGAUGCACUGACCUUCAUAGUCAUAUCCCAGAAGUUGUCAGGCAGUGGGGAAUACCAUGUGGCUAGGACUCAUGAGGACUUUCAGUGGUUGCAGCAGUGUCUGUUCUCUCAGGAGGUGGUGCCUGGGAUACUGGGUGUCAUUUUUCCUCCUCUACCAGCCAAGCCUCAGUUGAAUGCACCAGCCAAAGUUCUGAAACAACUUGGUUUCUUGGCCAUGGGGGAGGACUGGCGAAUGUACUGCAUGGCACUGGAGACCUAUCUCCAGCAGGUGGCAGCACACACCACGCUCAGCAAGAACAAAUGCCUGGAGAACUUCCUCACAAGCUCAGAGCCCCCAGGUCGUCAGAGGGUGAGGAAGGGUAUCUUCAAUCGCCUGAGCCAGGCCAUGGAAGGGAUGAGGAAGGAGGGCCACAAGGAUGUGGAUGACUUUUUUCAGACUGAGCGUGAUAACAACUUAACCCUCACUGGGUGCUCCAAAUCAGCAACAGAGAGGUUCAUUGAUGUGGUGCUGACAGAACAAAAACUAGCAGUGGCUUGUGGACACUUCUCAACCGCUCUGCAUCUCUGUGUGGAGCAGGAAGAAGACUCUGCUGUCCUGGCCUUCUCAAAGAUAUGUGUCAAGCUGUCUGAGGUCAUAGAUUCAAUCAAGAGAAACUUUGAGAGUGUUGCUGAGAACAACUUGAGCACUCUGGGGCUGGGGCUGGAUCUGGAAUCUCGUUGCCAAGAGGCAGAGAAGGAGAUGCUGUACAGGAGGACCUGUAAGCUUGUGGAGCUAGAAACAGCCAGCAGGAAUGCAGAGCGAGCCAAGCCUGUAAAGAAAGCUGCUAUGGACGAAUUGAAGGUGGCAGCUGAGAAGGAGUUUGAUCAUGUAUCUGGAGUGGCUAAACAGGAGAUAGCAAGGUUCCACAAUACUCAUGUGGAGUUGUUACGCCAGGCUCUGAUUCUGUGGUGUGAGAAGCAGCUUGAAACAGCCAGGGACACCUCCUUCCGCUACAGCCAGCACUUGCAGGCCUUCAAAGGGCUGGGGGAGUGACCACCACUGGCCAGACACCCCUCUGACCCACCUGAACACAGUUUGACUGUCUGAGCACCUCACACUAAAUAUGUACAUGCAUUGUCUAUGUAUGCGUCAAGCCCUGCUUCCAUUAAACUUGUAAAUGUAGGGAAAUCAACAUAAUCCUUAUAGCAAUAAUAACCCAAUAGCUUUGUCUCUCUCUCACACAGUCACAUACUGUGCCCUCUGUCCAAACCCCCUCUCCCUCUCCUUAGCAGAGAGGGAGUUGGAUUGUCUCUGUCAGUGUUGUGCAAUGGUGCAGACAUUGAGGAGAGGAGAGAGUUCUGUGCAGAUCUCUAGCCAUCGACACAUCAGUAGUAAGGAUCACACAUUAUAAAGUAUGAUGAACUGAUUGCCCAACUCUCUGGCUGCCUGUGUGUGUUUCUCACUCCAGGGUCAUUAAUCAGUGUGUUAGACUCCUCCCAAGGACACUCCCACUCUCUCUGUAUUCGGACUCUGGGACUGUUCCCUCUGCUCUUCCCUCUGUUUGGUUUAUAUGCUGAUUCAACGACUGUUCUUUCUUCUGGUGCUUCCUCAACUAACUGUGGCUGGGCCCUAAGACGAUCCUUCUAUUACUGAAUGUGAGUGUUCUCUAGGCUGUCCAAUUCAAAAAGACCACUAACCCUACCCCUUGACACAUGUUUGGAUGUGAUAUGUAUAAGCAAUAUGGUAAUAGUUAUGGUAGGCUGGUAUUGCAUAAACUUCUUCAACCUCCCAAAUCUCCAUAAGUGGUUGGGGGUCAAUUCUGGGAUUGGUCGAUCCUAUAACUGAUCUUUGUGCUGUUCUCUCCACUAUGGCUGAUCCCUGACUCUUCACUCUAUGCUAUGCCCUGUGUUGACUGUUGGCCAUAUCUAUGAGGAUGCUGCUGUGUCUUUGAGCUUGUUUGUCUUGGUCUGUAAUCUCUGAGUCGUGGGGAGGAGUAAAUCCCAUCCCAGUAAUCAGGGAGAAAGGAGGAGAACAGGAUGUGGUAAUCUGACAGUGAAGGAGUGUUUGGAGACAGCAGAGAUGGUCUUGACAUCAUACUGUAUUCACCCUGUUCUGGAGUCAAGAUAACCCAGCCGUAAAGCCCACUGUUGCUCUCAACUGCAUUGCAAUUCACCUAUCCCAUUUCAAAUACCUGUAUAUCCAUUUUACUUGCUUGCAAAUCUGCAUGCUCUGAUUUGGUGCAUGCAUUCAAGAUAGUCCCAAUCAGACAUGCUAUUGCAUUUAUCAGGAGUUGGCUGUAUGUUCUAACUAUGCAUGCAUUCUAUUGGCAUGUUUCCUCACUCUCCCUCUUCCUGUUUACUGGUGUUGCGGUUCCUGUUUACUGCAUGUGAUUAACUAUCAAGGCAAUUACAUGCAAUCCCCUGUUAGACACUGGCAUAUGUUUCCCUCCGUAAUCUAUACAGAGGUCACUGCAUCAUUGUGCUCGGCAUGUGGAAUCAAUUCAAUCAGUCUGGAAUAUAUUCUGUGCCUGAUGCUGUGAGCACAAUUUAAUACAGAGCUCUGUUCAUUUUGUAAAUCUUACCAAUAAUAAAAUUAUGCUCAGAAAAUCAUAAUGUUAGAAUUCUGAGGUAUUUAAUAAACCAAUGCAUUUAACAAUUGAUUUGACAUCAGAAUUUUGAUUUCAGUUACAACAGUUUUGUGUGUGUUUUUUGUGUGAUGCUUUUUAAGUGCUCUUAUCCCCAUGGCUUUGGUGCCAGUACCAAAUCAAUUUAAUCAAUAGCUUAACAGGUUUUAUAAGAGACUGUAGUGCUCUAGUAGCUUAGUGUUAGCACACAUUGGCUGUCAUUCAUUUGUUUUUUAUAUGUAAGUACUUUAUCAUUCCUGCACUAAACAUAUAACAUGAUUCAAACACCUCUGAAUGUCGUCGAAGAUGCAUAACACUGCUGAAUACAACAAUUCUGAUUCUAAUGAAAUGCACAAUAAAGAUUUGUGAAG